AUGGCGGGGGCGGACGGCGGGAAGCACCUUGCCCCCGCCUCCGCCGGGGCCGCCGGGGAAUGUCCUAAGAGAGCAUUCUCCGGGGAAAGAGUGAGGCUGCUGAGUGCUUUUGCAGGGAAGCUGAGGAAUUGUAAAAUUUGCCGCAUUUUACUGGCUAAGUGUCAGGGCCAGCCCAAAUCUGAAGAAAAAGAAGAUAAAGAGGAAGAGAAGGAAAAGGAAGAAAAGGAAUCCAACGACAAGCCAGAAAUAGAAGAUGUGGGUUCUGAUGAAGAAGAGGAGGAAAAGAAGGAUGGCAGCAAGAAGAAAAAGAAGAAGAUAAAGGAGAAGUACAUUGACCAAGAAGAGCUCAACAAGACAAAGCCUAUUUGGACCAGGAAUCCUGAUGACAUUACUAAUGAAGAGUAUGGAGAGUUCUACAAGAGCUUAACCAACGAUUGGGAAGAACAUUUGGCAGUGAAGCAUUUUUCUGUUGAAGGACAAUUGGAAUUCCGGGCCCUUCUCUUUGUCCCAAGACAUGCUCCAUUUGAUCUGUUUGAAACAGAAAGAAAAUUGAACAACGUCAAGUUGUAUGUGCGCAGAGUUUUCAUCAUGGAUAACUGUGAGGAGUUAAUUCCUGAGUAUCUAAAUUUCAUUAGAGGAGUGGUGGAUUCUGAGGAUCUUCCUCUAAAUAUUUCCCGUGAAAUGUUGCAGCAAAGCAAAAUUUUGAAAGUUAUCAGAAAGAAUUUGGUCAAGAAAUGCUUAGAACUAUUUACUGAACUGGCAGAAGACAAAGAAAAAUACAAAAAGUUUUAUGAGCAAUUCUCAAAAAAUAUCAAGCUUGGAAUUCAUGAAGACUCUCAAAAUCAGAAGAAGCUUUCAGAGCUGUUGCGAUACUAUACAUCUGCUUCUGGAGAUGAGAUGGUUUCUGUCAAGGACUGUUGCACCAGAAUGAAGGGAAACCAGAAGCACAUCUACUUCAUCACAGGUGAGACCAAGGACCAAGUUGCUAACUCAGCCUUUGUGGAGCAUCUCCAAAAGCAUGGCUUUGAAGUAAUCUAUAUGAUUGAGCCCAUUGAUGAGUACUGUGUGCAACAGCUGAAGGAGUUUGAGGGCAAGACCUUGGUGUCUGUUACCAAAGAAGGACUGGAACUUCCAGAAGAUGAAGAGGAGAAAAAGAAACAGGAAGAGAAAAAGACCAAAUUUGAAAACCUCUGCAAGAUUAUGAAAGAUAUUUUGGAGAAAAAAGUUGGGAAGGUGGUCGUAUCAAACCAAUUGGUGAUGUCCCCUUGCUGUAUUGUCACAAGUACAUACGGGUGGACAGCAAACAUGGAGAGAAUCAUGAAAGCUCAAGCUCUUAGAGACAAUGCAACGAUGGGUUACAUGACAGCAAAGAACCUGGAGAUAAACCCUGACCACUCCAUUAUUGAAACCCUACGACAAAAGGCAGAGGCUGACAAGAAUGACAAGUCUGUGAAGGAUCUGGUGAUCUUGCUGUAUGAAACUGCACUCCUGUCUUCUGGUUUCAGUCUGGAAGAUCCCCAGACACAUGCUAACAGGAUCUACAGGAUGAUCAAGCUUGGUCUAGGUAUUGAUGAAGAUGACCCUACUGUGGAUGAUACCAGUGCUGCUGUAACUGAAGAAAUGCCACCCCUGGAAGGAGAUGAUGACACAUCACAAAUGGAAGAAAUAGACUAAGCUUCACCAGAGCUAUAUGUUUGAUGCUUACUUUCAUUCCUUCUGAUAAUAUAUUUUCAAGGAUUUUUGUUUAUUUUUGUUAACAUU